AUGAGUUGCAUUCAGUAUAUCAAUGCCAACUUUUCUCAUGAACACCUUUUCUCUCUUUCCACCCCCAACAGGAAUGCUGGGGAUUCUGCAGGCCAUGCUGUGGAUUCUCCAACUCACUCUGGGGAUUCUCCAGGCAAUGCUGGGGAUUCUCCAAACCACCUUGGGGAAUCACCAGGCAAUGCUGGAGAAUCUCCCACCCACUCUGGGGAUUCUCCAGGUCAUGCAGGGGAUUCUCCAACUCACUCUGGGGAUUCUCCAGGCCAUGCUGGGGAUUCUCCCACCCACUCUGGGGAUUCUCCAGGCCAUGCUGGGGAUUCUCCCACCCACUCUGGGGAUUCUCCAGGCCAUGCUGGGGAUUCUCCCACCCACUCUGGGGAAUCUCCAACCCACUCUGGGGAUUCUCCAAGGAAUGCUGGGGACUCUCCAGGAAAUGUUGGGGAGUCUCCAACCCACUCUGGGGAAUCUCCAGGCCAUGCUGGGGAUUCUCCCACCCACUCUGGGGAUUCUCCAGGCCAUGCUGAGGAUUCUCCAGGAAAUGUCAUGGAAUCUCCAACCCCCUCUGCACAUUCUCCAGGCACUGCUGGGGAUUCCCAAAUCCAAUAUGGGCAUUCUCCAAGGAAUGCUGGUGAUUCUCCAGUCAAUGCUGGGGAUUUCCCACCUGCUCUGUUAUGUCCUGGGGAUAGUGAUACAGUUGGAAUUUGA